UAGACACUUAACUGACGACACGUUUCUAGAUUUUAUUUUUUUAAAAUGAGGAAUACAACAACAUCGCCAGUUUCGCCAAUAUAUUUUAAUUUAGCCGAAUAUUGCUUAUUUGGCAUAAAUCUAGGUGUUUUUAUAGGAAUCAUAGUUUAUUAUAAUAUAUUAAAUAAAAAAUCUAAUACUGUGAAUGGCUUUUUGUUUGGUGGUAAAAAUAUGUCUGUGAUAUCAGUUUCGCUAGCACUUAUAGCAAGUCAUCUCACAAGCAUCACCCUACUCGGAGUGCCUGUGGAGAUCUACCUCAGAGGGACGCAGUACUGGGCCUCAGCACUAUCCCUCAUUGUGGUGACUUUCCUUACAGCUGUCAUUUACUUGCCAGUUUUCCACAAGCUGCAGCUGUCCUCCAGUUUCGAGUACUUAGAAAUAAGGUUUUCCUCCCACACUCGCACUGUCGCCGCUGUACUGUUCGUUAUGAGUAAACUAAUGCUUCUACCGAUCGUGCCUUACGUUCCAUUGUUGGCGUUUAGACUGGUUACGAAUCCUCUAGCUGGUCGGAUAACAGCAGUGAUCUGUGUAGCGUGUGCUACUUUGAGUGCUAUAGGAGGCUUGCGAGCCAUCAUCAGCAUCGGCAUAGUGACGUCAUUCCUGGCUGUAGCCGGCUCAGCAUUGCCCAGUGGCUUGGCGUUAUUACCCAUGGGGUUUAAGAGGAUGUGGGAGAUUGCCAGCCAUGGUGGUCGACUCGUAUUGUAUGACCCAGAUCCAGAACUGGAACACCAUACAUCAUUCUUUGCUGUAACCAUAGCUCUGAGCACCAACUGGCUUUGGAAGAUAGCACUAAGCCAAUCAUCUCUCCAGAAGCUACUAGCUGUGUCGUCGAUAAAGAAGGCGAGGAUAUGUCUGACGGUGUCUUGUGUUGGAGUGAUAUUAAUGAAAUUGCUGUCUUGCUUCCUUGGUCUGGCUGUGUAUGCGUGGUUCGCUGGGUGCGAUCCGCUCUUGUCUGGAGCUAUUAAAAAACAUGAACAGUUGGUGCCACAAUUUCUCAACAGUUUGUCAGUUAUGUUUCCUGGGAUUUGUGGAAUUUUUAUUAUUUCAAUAUUCAGUGCUACAACAGGCUGCAUUGCAUCGUUAGUGAACUCGAUCGCAGGGGUUUUGUUUGAAGAAUUUAUUAGGCCAUGGAUGCCUCAAAGUACAAAUGAACUUACAUGCUGUAAAAUAAUGAAGUUACUGUGCGUGCUUGUGGGAGCCUACUGCGGGUGCGUGGUGUGGUUUGCCAAGGAGCUGGACAGAUUGCAGCAUGUGGCCUCAGGGGUCACCGGUGUCACAGCCGGGACACUGUUAGGGCUGUUUACCCUGGGCAUUGUCUUCUCCAGGGCCAAUUGUUCUGGUGCACUGAGCGGGUGCCUGCUAAGCCUCUUGCUUUGCGGCUGGCUCCUCAUAGGGGCUGAAAAUGCCCUUGCCACAGGGGCGUUGACCUUCCAAGGGAAGCCACUUGCUAUUUCGGGAUGCGGCAAAGACAAUUUUACGUAUCUGCUGGAAAAUGUGAACGUUGCUAAAGGUGUUACAACACACCUCCCAACGAAGCCGCUCCAAUCUCUCUUCCGAAUCUCAUUCACUUACUGUCCGCUAGUGGGAGCUAUGACCGUGCUCCUCAUAGGAGUUCCCAUGAGCUACCUCACCGGAAAAUCCCGGAUCGACUCCAUGAACCCUGACGUGUUCUGUCCUUUGACCCAGAGCAUCAUCAACAAAUCACAGAUGAGCAGCACGGAGUCUUUGGAAAUAGGACCCCCGGACACACAAGAAGUUUAUAUGGCGCUGGAUGAAGCUCUGAGGCACUUGAAAGAGGUUAUAGAACGAUAAAUACAAUUUAAUUUAAA